GGAAAAGCGGUGCAAACUGGCUGCGGUGUUGCCUACAACUGAACCGAACUGAAUGACAGAAUAACGACUGACUGGGCAAACUAACCCAAAUUACUACCCCAAAAAAACACCUUCAAACUUUACCAAGACAACUAUUAAGAAGCCAAAUGCCUACAGCGAUGGCCACGAUUGAACAAGCCCCACAGCUGCUGGAUUUUUCGCAAAAGCUCGACAUUAAUCUGUUGGAUAGUGUCGUCUCGUGGUUCUACAUGUCCCAGGGUCCACAGCAAAAAGUGGCAGACCAGAUUCUCACUCAGUUGAAACAGCAUCCUGAUGCGUGGACAAGAGUAGACACUAUCUUAGAAUUCUCGACAAAUCAACAAACCAAAUACUUUGCACUUCAAAUACUAGAAAUGGUUAUCAAAACUAGGUGGAAAAUUUUACCGGAAGAGCAAAGAGAAGGAAUCAAGAAAUACAUCGUAGGUUUGAUAAUCAAAAUUUCAUCAGAUUCGAGCGAACUCGAAAAAGAGAAAACUUAUCUUGGCAAGCUUAACAUGAUUUUAGUGGAGAUUUUAAAGCAUGAAUGGCCGACAAAGUGGCCAACGUUUAUUUCUGACCUUGUAGGAGCAAGCAAAGCUAAUGARUCCCUCUGCCAAAAUAACAUGACUAUUUUAAAAUUGUUGAGUGAAGAAGUCUUUGAUUUUUCGAGUGGCCAAAUGACGCAGACCAAAUCUAAGCAUUUGAAAGACAGUAUGUGUAGUGAGUUCUCUCAAAUAUUUACCCUUUGUCAAUUCGUGAUGGACAAUUCUCAGAAUGUAACUCUUGUGGAGUCAACUUUAGAGACCCUGCUCAAAUUCCUGAACUGGAUUCCCUUGGGUUACAUCUUUGAAACUAAAGUUAUCAGUACACUAAUAUACAAGUUUUURAAUGUCCCUUUGUUCAGAAAUGUAACGUUAAAAUGUCUGACUGAAAUAGCUGGUAUAAAUGCCAGUCAGUAUGAAGGACAGUUUGUCGAUUUGUUUUCCCUUACUAUGGCACAACUCAAACAGGUNUUACCUUUAACUAUUAACAUACGAGAUGCGUAUGCUAAUGGCCGUGACGAUGAACAGAAAUUCAUUCAAAACCUUAGUUUGUUUUUAUGUACCUUUCUUAAAGAACAUGGCAACCUGGUUGAGAAAAAGGUUGAUUUGCAGACAACAUUGUUAGAGGCCCUUCACUACCUAGUCCUCAUCUCAGAGGUGGAAGAAACAGAAAUCUUCAAGAUAUGCCUUGAAUACUGGAAUACACUAGCUUCAGACCUAUACAGAGAGAACCCUUUCUCAUCCACAAGUAAUCCAUUACUGAUUGUGCAAUCCCAGCAAGUACCACCCAGACGACAGCUCUACUUGUCUGUACUUACUAAAGUUCGAAUAAUUAUGAUUUCAAGAAUGGCUAAACCAGAAGAGGUUCUUGUAGUAGAGAACGAUCAAGGAGAAGUUGUUAGGGAAUUCAUGAAAGAUACUGAUGCCAUCAACUUGUACAAGAAUAUGAGAGAAACACUGGUGUACUUGACACAUUUGGACUAUCAAGACACAGAGAGAAUCAUGACAGAGAAGUUACAGAACCAAGUAAAUGGAACAGAAUGGUCCUGGAAGAACCUCAACACUCUUUGUUGGGCCAUUGGAUCAAUCAGUGGUGCGAUGCAUGAAGAAGAUGAGAAGAGAUUCCUUGUGACUGUUAUCAAGGAUUUGCUUGGCCUGUGUGAAAUCAAGAGAGGGAAAGACAACAAAGCCAUCAUUGCUUCAAACAUCAUGUACAUAGUUGGGCAAUAUCCAAGGUUUUUAAGAGCCCACUGGAAAUUUUUGAAGACUGUUGUAAACAAGCUUUUUGAAUUCAUGCAUGAAACCCAUGAUGGUGUACAAGACAUGGCAUGUGAUACUUUUAUCAAAAUUGCUCAGAAAUGUAAAAGACAUUUUGUCCAGGUUCAAGUGGGUGAGGUGAUGCCUUUCAUUGAGGAAAUCCUGAACAGUACACAAUCAAUCAUCUGUGAUCUACAGCCACUGCAGGUCCAUACAUUUUAUGAAGCUGUUGGAUACAUGAUAAGUGCACAGACUGAUCCUGUGGUUAUGGAAAGAUUGAUUGAAAAAUACAUGUCAUUACCCAACCAGGCUUGGGACAAURUUAUAAGAGAAGCAACAAGGAACAUCGAUCAUCUAAAGGACAUGGAAGUGGUGAAACAACUUGGAAACAUUUUGAAAACAAACGUGCGAGGCUGCAAAUCAAUUGGACACCCAUUCGUAACCCAGCUUGGUAGAAUAUACCUGGAUAUGCUAAAYGUUUAUAGAUGUCUCAGUGAAAACAUUUCUCUUGCAAUCACCCAAAACGGUGAAAUAGUCAUGAAACAGCCACUUAUUCGAGCUAUGAGAACAGUAAAAACCGAAGUGUUACGGCUYAUAUCAACCUGGGUCAACAAGUCUAAUGACCCUAAACUAGUGUGUGAUAACUUUAUACCACCUCUACUGGAUGCUGUACUUGGGGACUAUCAACGUAAUGUCCCAAGGGCUAGAGAACCUGAAGUGCUUAGCACUAUGGCAACAUUUAUAAAUAAGUUAGAGAACCACAUAACAGAAAAUGUUCCACAGAUCUUUGACGCUGUGUUUGAGUGCACAUUAGAGAUGAUCAACAAGGACUUUGAAGAAUUCCCUGAACACAGGACAAAUUUCUUCCUACUUUUACAAGCAGUAAUGCAACAUUGUUUCCAAGCAUUACUGAAGAUUCCACCAGAACAGUUCAAGCUUGUCCUGGAUUCAAUAAUAUGGGCAUUUAAACAUACCAUGCGAAAUGUUGCCGAUACAGGUCUUCAGGUUCUAUAUACUUUAUUAAAGAACAUAGAGAAUGAAUCUGCAUCGCAAAGCUUCUACCAGACAUACUAUAUCAUGAUAGUACAGCAUGUGUUGUCAGUGGUUACCGAUACCUCGCACACUGCAGGUCUGACCAUGCAUGCUACGAUAUUAGCACACAUGUUUAGCUUAGCUGAUUCUGGGAAAAUCAGCGAGCCAUUGUUCAACGCCUCUGAAGUUCAGUACCCUUCAAAUGAGGCCUACAUCCAAAGUUACAUAAUGGAUCUUUUGAAACAGGCAUUCCCACAUUUAAGAGAUGAACAGAUCCAGAUUACAGUAAAAGGAUUAUUUCAACUUGAUCAGGAUAUUCCUGCCUUCAAAGAACACUUGCGAGACUUCAUGGUUCAAAUUAAAGAAUUCCGAUCAGAAGAUACUCAUGAUUUAUUCCUAGAAGAACGAGAAGUACAACUGAAAUCAGCAGAAGAAGAAAAACGAAAAGUACAAAUGACUGUACCAGGCAUCAUCAAUCCUCAUGAUAUYCCUGAAGAUAUGCAGGAUUAAUACCAGGUCGACAAACGCCGCCCGAAGAAACAUGGCCUCGUAUUACUGGAGAAUUAUAUGACAUCAAGAAAUGAAAUGCUUGGAAAAGUCGGUUGGAUUUCAAGAGAAAUACUGCCUUUCAACCAAGUUCUGAACUUCGGGGGGAAGUUCAGAGUUUCAUAACAAACUUCGUUUCAAACCUCCGAAGCUGGUAGCCAACUUGGGAAUUUUCAAACACAGUUUGGAACCUGAAGGUGUAUAGUGAUGUGAAACUGACUGUAACUGUCAGCACUUGUAUAAUUCAAAGUAUUUAUUCAGGCUGUUCCAAACAUGGAGUUUGGCGAACAUUGAUUUUAGAGUCAAACCGCAUAGGUACUGUUAGUGGAUAGUUAUUAAGUUAUUAUUAGGAGUUAAGCAGUCUGUUUACAUUUAUGUUAACAGAUGUGUACAUAUGCUAAGAUUACAAGAUUUUCUUUAUACCAAUUCAUGCAAAAUCUCGCCUAAGAAUUUAUCCAUUCUCAUACAAAAUGUACUUGUAACAGGUGUAGAUUUUAUCAAGAGAUGAUUACUGGGCUAUUGACUGUAGUAUUUUGCAUUCUUUAUGCAUCCAAAUUUCCCUUUGUUGUUCAAUUUUUAUCUUUUCAUUUCCUACCCAACUCUUUUCUGUGGACCUCCAUUUGUUUAUGAAGAGGGCAAAAUAUUCUUCUGUAGCUUACAGCCUUUAUUUUUUUAAAAAUAGGGUGACCCUAGUGCUACGGUUAGCUUAUGAUUUCAGUGGCCUAUAGGAAGAUAUGUAACAAAGCUUAACUCUCGYCACUAUGAAACAGAGUAUCCUAAGGAACCACAAUGUUUAUGGGUGAGAAACCAAGACUAUUUUUCCAUUUACACACCUUCGCACCAUAAUUUGGUACCACCAAUGAUUUUGAAAAUUUCUAUUUAYGAUAUCAAAACAGAGCGUCCUCGUAUGGAUAACUUAUUUCUGUAGUGUAAACCCUGCAAAAAUUGACACCUAUUUUCUCAUCCAAACUCCCUCCAAUAAAUUAUGAACCACCCUCAUAGCAGUGCUUACUAGUAAGCUAGUUUCGUAAGCUAAUAACAAACGUCAGCUGUAGUUUAAGCUACUGUCAACCCAACUCUUGGCGUUAUUUUGUAAUUAAAUAUUUUUUAUUAUUUU